GUACCUACACCCCCUCUUAUUAUCCAGGUUCCGAGGCCUGGCCUUGCUGCUUGCUUAUUUAAAAAGGGGGGACAAGCAGGCUAAGUAAUGUCGUGGAGCGAGUCAAGCUCUUACAAACCAUGCUCAGGGUCUGCGUACUGCUGGCUUGCAUCGGGGUGCCCUGGCGGCUGGGGGCAUUGGGCGCGAUGAUCGAGUGUGCUCCAUGCGACGAGCGGGCACUGUCAGCCUGUCACCCCCCGCGGGGCUGCGAGUUGGUGAAGGAGUCCGGCUGCGGCUGCUGCCUGACAUGCGCGUUGGCCGAGGGAGCUGCGUGCGGCGUUUACACCGAGAGUUGCGCGUCGAGCCUCAGAUGUGUUCCACGCAGCGGAGACAAAGCGCCGCUCCAAGCGUUGCUGCAAGGGCGGGCGGUUUGUCGCAGCGUCAAGCGGAGGAACCAAAUCCAGCGGGAGGGAAAGCCCCUGGAUGGCGGAGACAAAUAUUCCUUAGCAAAGAAAGAGCACAGUGGCAAAAACCAUGGAAAGCAGCUAGUAAAUCCUAGCCAGCAUUUGACACCGAAACCUCAACGAGGAAAUCACCAUUCACCAAAGGGAACUUUACACACAAUAGUGAACCCUUCCAAAGUUCCAUCUGUCACCACACUUGUGGCAGACUCUGAAUAUGUAAGUGCCAGUCUUGGCAGGGAGAGCAGAGUGCAUUCCAACAAAUUCAAAGGUCCCUGUCGGAGGAAAAUGGAAUCAAUUCUCCAGGACCUGAAAUCAGAGUUUUUCCAUAGCCCAGAGGACAUUUACAUCCCAAACUGUGAUAAGCAAGGGUUCUACCGGAGCAAACAGUGCAAGCCGUCAAGAGGCAGAAGACGGGGUCACUGCUGGUGUGUGGAUAAGUAUGGCCAUUCACUCCCUGGGCGAGGGAACAGGAAAAGGCCAGUGUCCUGUGCGUGAAGAUCCUCUUCUGAAGAAGUCGGGUAUUAAUCUGUAUGCUGUCCUCUGAGGGCAGCACUGCCUGAAGCUCCUAAAGAGAAGAUUCGACUAGAAAGAAGAACUCUCCAAUCAGCCUUAAUCUUAGAUUAGCUCCUAGAAUGAGCCAGCUUACCUGAAAUCACACCUGCUGAAAUUAGCUUAGUUUAAAGGUUAGGAAAUAUGUCACAACUUCAAUGAACAGUUUCUGAAAUCCCACUUUAAUGCUGAUUCCUACUUGUUUGCCCCAGGCUCUAAACUCUUUUGCCAAGCUGCCAAGUGUCCAGUGUCAGGCAUUAUCAGAACACACUGACAUGGCCUCGCUCAUUUUCCAGCACUAACCUUGAUUUGGAGUUUUUAGAAGUCCUGCUGGUUUAAAUGUUCCUGGUAGAACUAGUUUGGGCCUCUUUCUGCUAAACUGUGGCAUCCAGAAAAUGCUGGCUGACUCUCCCUGGUCACUCAGUGGGUGAAUACAUCAGCUGACCCGGUGCUGAGCCAGACAAACUAGUCCGAUCCCAGUUUCUAUACCUGACCAUUGCUUUAUUGCCUGCUACCCAAUGAUCCCUUCAGGAAAGUGUACACUCAUAGUUGUCGAGCUGUGAUUCUCUCUGUUGCACAGCUUCCUUAGCUCCUCACACUGGCCAGCUGUCUUAGGUGCUGAUAGUGGGGCCAGACUCCAGAAUGAAUCAACCCCCUCAGGAGAGCAGAAAAUAUGAACUAACUUUUGAGUAUAAGGAGUGUAGCAGUCGCUUACUGAAUCUGUAAUCCAGAAUACAUGAUUAAUGUUGUCUGAUCAGGUGACUGGACUGGCUUCACAUUUACCCUAUAGUUUGUCAGCUGGAGUGUUUAAUGUGUCUCUUCCACAUACUUUGAGUAUAAGUUUUCAAAUAAGGUGUUAAACUUCUUGUUUGUAUUAAACUUUGGGGUGGGGAGGGGGAAAGCAGGGUGAAGUUGGAGGCUGCACACUGACAAACAGACUUGUGAAACUUCUAUUUUAUCAUGUCUCAAUUGUCAUGCAGAACAAUCGGCAUUGACUGACUCUUUAGAAAUGACUGUUCAUUGAAGUUUGAUUUUCUUUCUUGACAUAGUUUUACGCAGAAAUAUUUUUGAAUGGAUUAAAUGUCACUGUCCUGUAAUUUCUUUUCAAACAAUGUCAAACUAUUACUUUCAAUUUUCUGCCUAAAGGUCCCUGUUGACUGUCAGGACAUUUCUUGGGCAUGUACUGUCUUUGAAUGUGUCCUUGUGAUCCAAGUUAGUGUGGGCACACAGCCCAAGCAGUUUCAUGUCACUUUACAGGACUUGAUAAGUACUAUAUUUUUUUAAACUGGGAGUAUAAUGCAUCUAUAUAUUUAAAUUCCAUAGAGAAAUAGUAAAAUGUAAUGUCUAAAAUCAAUAAAGAUUACUUUAUCA